CACUCUGAACCGGUCAUCCACCCCACUCUCCCCGGCGGCGACGCCGUUCUACCCUGCGGCUGCCUCCGCUGGGAGGAACAAGGAGCGCCGGUGGGCCGGCAGCCCCCAUUCCGGCUGCGACUCCCGCUUCGGCGGCGGCUCACCCGACCUGGAGUCGCCAUCCUAUCGGGACAUCCUCGUUGGACCCUCCACCUUGGUGGGUGCGGAUCCCAACCCCGUCUCGGCGAUGGAACCCCGCGUGGUUCCUCCGACGCGGGUGGCGAGAGAGGCUGCGCCACGUCGCCGUAGGCCGCGCCCUCGCGGCGGCAUGACAGGCCAACUUCUCAGUUGGUGGUGGGUCUUCCCCCUCGUGGUUCUGACAGCCAUCGUGGUCGGGUUGUGCAACAGGCUCCACGCCAGAGGGUUCCGGUGCAUCAGCGUCUCGGGCCGCGGGUGGCGCCGCCGCCGUGUACACCUCGCCGCGGGCGCGGUCGCUUCUCGGCCCCCAACGCCGAUGGGUGGCGGGACGUGCUGCCACGGCAGGAGCGACAAGUGCCGGUGCACCGGGAUUGCCGCCAGGCGCCCCAUGCGCCGCCGGGGAGCGGCCGCCUGCCGGCCGAGAUGUUCGGGAGGUGUCUCAACUGUCUUUCCUACGGCCAUCGAGUGGCGACGUGCCACGUCCCCACUCGUUGCCUGAGAUGCCACGGCUUCCGGCAUAUGGCGAGGGACUGCAAGCGGAAGCGAUCACCGCCGGGGGAUCCCCUACGGCGGCGCCUGCAUCACUGGGACAGCGGCGCUUCAUCCGCGCUCGGCGCGACUCCCGCAGCCCGGGCACGCCGCAGGGCAAUGCUGAUCCGACUCCGUCGCCUUCUGCGUCCAGGCCCAGGUCGCCGCCGGCUGGCGCUGCUGCGGCGGCGGCUGCACCACAGGGGCAGCGGCAUUUCGUCCGUUCUCGGUGCAGCUCUCACAGCCCGGGUACGCCGCGGGGCAACGCCGGCCCGACACCGUCGCCUCCUGCGUCCCGGUCUUCUUCCCCGCCUGCUCCUAUGGUCAUCUCGUCGGGGGAGGAGUCGGCCCUCGGGCAGUCGUCGCGUAGGCCCAAGGGUGUGGCUUGCUUCAUCGACCGGUCGAACCAGAUGGACGUGGAGGAAGACCGACUGCGCCUCACCAUUGUCGCGCAGGCUGGCAACGCCUCCAGGUGCAUCCCGUUGGCUGCCGCUGAGAGCGCGAUCCGGAGCAUUCUUGGCGUGCUCGCCGCGGACGAUGUGCUGAUCCGGAAGUUCUAUCCUGAGAACUUCUUCAUCGUCUGCAAGUCUCAGGCGAUCCGCGACCUGGUCCUUGGUGCCCAGGGUGUCCCGGUGGCCGGUACCACUCUGGUUUUCCGGCCCUGGACGCGCCUGGCGCAUGCCGAUUCGUCAGCGUUGUUCUACAGGAUGCAGCUGGAGGUGGAGGGCAUCCCACCGCAUGCUUGGAGCCGGGAUACCGCUAGCAAGCUUCUUGCUUCAUCAUGCUGGAUUGAGAAGCUGGAUGAUGCCUCCGGUUCCAAGUCUGAUCUGUCCGUCUUCAAACUCACGGCUUGGACGAACAAUCCCAACUUUGUCCCCUCAUCGUUGCCUCUGCACAUCGUGGAGCAUGAGAUUCCGGUGGCAUCUUCCAACCCAAAUUCGCAGCUCAUCUUCGGGAACUUGCCACUCGAUACUCAUCCACAUCAAGAGUAUCGCUGACUUCUCACCACGUUCUCGUUCAACGUCGCCGCCAUUUCCCUCCGAUGCUAGAGAUAGUGGUCAUGAUGGUGAUCCUGAUUGCGGCCGUGGUGAGCGUCGCGGUUAGGGCCCCCGCUUGUUUAGAUUCAGAACGCACAGUGGGGUUGCUGAUGGCGCAACCGGUGCUGGGAAGCCGUCCAAUGGCUCACACUCUCGCCGUGCCAUCGUUCUGCCUGGCAGCGUCGCCCAUAUUUCUCACGGCCCGGCCAGGGAUGCUGGGAGGACUUCUUCGACGGCCGCCGGCGCUCCAGUGUUCUCGGCCGCCGACGGCGCGGCGCUCGUGGGUGCGGCCGGCAAGACGGCGAAGGCGGCGAUGAAUCUCCAAAAGGAGAAUGCAGAUAAAGCUGUUGCUGUGGGUAGCAGGGCUGCCGCUGGUCUCCCCGACAAGCACACGCCUGUCAGGGGACACUUUCCUGAAAAGGGAAGUAGUUGUGAGGAUGCGGUUUGUCGUGGUGCAGGAGCUGGCUGCAGCAACCAAUGGGGAAGCGACACCACCCCAUCCGCUGGACGACCAGGCCUUCCUUUGCUGCCUGGCGGCCAGGGACAGGCUGUUGGUGACCGGGUUGAUGGAGGACCCGAUGUUGAUCGAAUGGGAAUCCCACCGAGGUGAGCGGGC